AUGUGGCGGUGGGAGGAGGCGGGGGGGGGCUGCGGGGGGCGGGGCGGGGGGCGGGGCUGGCGCUGGCGCUGCUGGGGCUCGCGCUGGUGGGGGGAGGGGGGCUUUGCAAAGGGCGCAGGCGGUGCAGUUGAGGCAGGUCUUGCGAAGGAUGCGGGUCUUGCAAAUGGUGCAAGCUUUGCAAACGGUGCAGGCGUUGCAAAGGAUGCGGGUGUUGCAAAGGAUGCGGGCGUUGCAAAAGGUGCAGGCGUUGCAAAGGAUGCGGAUGUUGCAAAGGAUGCAGGCGUUGCAAAAGGUGCAGGCGUUGCAAAAGGUGCAGGCGUUGCAAAGGAUGCGGGCGUUGCAAAGGAUGCGGGCGUUGCAAAAGGUGCAGGCGUUGCAAAGGACGCGGGCAUUGCAAAGGACGCGGGCAUUGCAAACGGUGCAGGCAUUGCAAACGGUGCAGACAUUGCAAACGGUGCAAGCUUAGCAAAGGAUGCAGGCAUCGCAAACGACGCCGGCGUUGCAAACUCCGCGAGCUCUGCAAGCGCCGCAGCCCUUGCGGACGACGCAGACCUCACCAACGACCCCCCCCAUCCUCCUCUCCCCCCGCGGCUGCGGACCGACCCCCCCAUUCCUCCUGGUGCUGGUGCCCAGCGCCCCGUCCCCACUCCGCUCGACGCCAGGCCAUCCGAGAAACGUGGGGGGGGGGGGGACGGGCGACCGGGUGGGCUCCCCACCCGCACCCUCUUCGUCCUGGGGGUGCCGACGGUGCCGGCCGAACAACCGGCGGUGCGAGCGGAAGCUCACCGCCACGGCGACCUCCUGCAAGGCGCCUUCGCCGACACUUACGCCAACCUCACGCGCAAAACGGCGUUUUUGCUACGUUGGGCGGCGAGCCGUUGUCCCGCCGUCCCUUUCAUCCUCAAAGCCGACGACGACGUCUUCGUUAACCUCCCGGCCUUAACGAGUUAUUUAGCGUCCUUCCGGCGAGCGCCACGGUUAUACCUGGGACGGAUCCAUUGGUGGGUUCGACCCCAACGGGACCCUCGCGGUCGUCACCACGUCCCCGUCGCCGUUUAUCCCGCCGCCGCCUUCCCCCUUUAUUGCAGCGGCACGGCGUACGUCUUAUCGGGGGAGGCGGCGGCGGCCGUGCUGGCGGCGGCCCCCCGAGUCCCUUUUGUCACCCCCGAGGACGUUUGGGUGGGCCUUUGCGCCCAACGAGCCGGUUUGGCACCCCGCCAUUCGGCUCGGAUGGCCGGAUCGGCGCGUUUCCCUUUGGACGGGUGCUGUUACGGCGAGGUGCUCUUCAGUUCCCACGGGCUCGGCCCCGGGGAGUUGCGGAGGGUCUGGGGGUUGUUGCAAGGAGAGGGGGGGGGGUUGUAACGCGUUGCAACGGGCGUUGGGCGUGCUGCGGUGCAAGGCGCUGGCCGUCGGCGAGUGGCUUUGGCAGUGAGCGGGGAGGGUGACGGUGCGGCGAGGCCGAGGACGUCGCACGGGGCUUGCACGUGUUGGAGGAGCCGCAGCAGCGCUGGGAUGCAGCGUGGUGUUGCUGCGAGCCAUCAGCCGCGGCGCAAAGAGGACGAGGACGUUGCACGUGUUCAAGGAGCUGCAGCAGCGCUGGGAUGCAGCAUCGCUGCAAGCAAUCAGCUGCAGUGCAAAGAGGACGAGGAGGUUGCAUGGGGCUCGCGCGUGUUUGACGAGCCGCAGCAGCCCUGGGAUGCAGCGUUGUGUUGCUGCGAGCCAUCAGCCGCGGUGCAAAGAGGACGAGGACGUUGCAUGGGGCUCGCACGUUUUUGACGAGCUGCAGCAGCCCUGGGAUGCAGCGUUGUGUUGCUGCGAGCCAUCAGCCGCGGUGCAAAGAGGACGAGGACGUUGCAAGUGUUCAAGGAGCUGCAGCAGCGCUGGGAUGCAGCGUUGCAUCACUGCAAGCAAUCAGCCGUGGUGCAGCGCCGUUGAGGAUUUUGGAUGGGGCUUGCACAUGUUCAAGGAGCUGCAGCAGCCCUGGGAUGUAGUCUUGUGUUGCUGCAAGCAAUCAGCUGUGGUGCAAAGAGGACUUUGUACGGGGUUUGCACGUUUGACAAGCUGCAGCAGCGCUGGGACGCAGCGUUGCGUCACUGCAAGCGAUCAGCCACGGUGCAGCAACAACGAGGAUGUUGUACAGGGCUUGCACGUGUUGGAGGAGCCGCAGCAGCGCUGGGAUGCAGCGUGGUGUUGCUGUGAGCCAUCAGCCGCGGCGCAAAGAGGACGAGGACGUUGCACGUGUUCAAGGAGCUGUAGCAGCCCUGGGAUGCAGCGUUGCAUCACUGCAAGCAAUCAGCCACGGUGCAGCAAAAAUGAGGAUGUUGCACAGGGCUUGCACAUGUUGGAGGAGCUGCAGCAGCCCUGGGAUGCAAACAUUAUGUCACUGCAAGCUAUCAGCUGUGGUGCAAAGAGGACGAGGACGUUGCUUGUGUUCAACAGGCUGCAGCAGCCCUGGGAUGCAGCGUUGCGUUGCUGCAAACCAUCAGCCAUAGUGCAGAGAGUACAAGGACAUCGCACGGGAUGUUGCACUUGUUGGAGGAGCCGCAGCAGUGCUGGGAUGCGGCAUUGCCUCACUGCCAGCGAUCAGCUGCUGUGCAACAAGGACAUUGCACAGGGCUUGCAUGUGUUGGAGGAGCUGCAGCAGUGCUGGGAUGCAGUGUUGUGUUGCUGCACGCGAUCAGCCGUGGUGCAGCAAGGACAAGGAUGUAGCACAGGGCUUGCACUUGUUCAAGGAGCUGCAGCAGCCCUGGGAUGCAACAUCAUGUCACUGCAAGUGAUCAGCUACAGUGCAACGAGGACGAGACCAUUGUACGGGACGUUGCACGUGUUGGAGGAGCUGCUGCACCACUGGGAUGCACCAUUGCACUGCUGCAAGUGAUCAGCCAUGGUGCAAAGGCAAGGUUGCACAGGGCUUGCACGCGUUCAGGGAGCUGCAGCAAUGCUAGGAUGCAACAACAUCGUGUCGCUGCAAGCAGUCGGCUGCGGUGCGACGAGGACGUUGCACGGGACGUCGCACGUGUUGGAGGAGCCACAGCAGCGCUGGGAUGCAGCGUUGCGUCGCGGCAAGCCCUCAGCCGUGGUGCAAAGAGGACGAGGACAGUGCAUGGUGACAAGGCCGUUGCACGGUGACUGACAAGGCCAUCGCACGGCGCUGCCCACACUCCCCCCCCCCCCCCCCCCCCCGGCGUUGGCAGGCGCCACGGCUGCAGCGUCCCCGUCCCCAGCGGGCAAUAAAUGCGACGGGGCUGGUGA